CGCCUUGUCUACAUCCACGCACAACUUACUAACCCGCAGGCACGCCCGCUCUUACCUGGACCUCUACGCGGACUCGUUCUGUCGCCUGCUCCGGCAUCACACGCAUUGACAUUCGACAUUUGUUUUCCGCGAAACAAGCGCGACCGCCUACCGUCCGAAAGCCUCUGCGGGUUACCGUUGCUAUGGAGAACUACCAGAAGCUGGAGAAGGUGGGAGAGGGAACUUACGGAGUUGUCUACAAGGCCCGCGACCUCACAACAAAGGACCAGCGCAUCGUCGCGCUCAAGAAGAUCCGCCUCGAAGCCGAAGAUGAGGGCGUUCCUUCGACCGCCAUCCGCGAAAUCUCGCUGCUCAAGGAGAUGAACGACCCCAACAUUGUCCGCCUGCUCAACAUUGUGCACGCCGACGGCCACAAGCUCUACCUGGUCUUCGAGUUCCUCGACCUUGAUCUGAAGAAGUACAUGGAGGCGCUGCCAGUCAGCGAGGGUGGACGCGGUAAGGCCCUGCCAGAGGGCUCUGGGUUGGCGGGCCAGAAGCUGAGCAUGGACACAAACAUGGUCAAGAAGUUCAUGAUGCAGCUGUGCGAGGGUGUGCGCUACUGCCACGCCCACCGCGUUCUGCACCGUGAUCUGAAGCCACAGAACUUGUUGAUCGACAAGGACUGCAAUCUCAAGUUGGCAGAUUUCGGUCUCGCCCGCGCUUUCGGUGUGCCGCUGAGGACAUAUACCCACGAGGUCGUGACACUCUGGUACCGUGCGCCAGAGAUUCUACUUGGCGGGCGACAGUACUCGACUGGCGUUGACAUGUGGUCUGUUGGCUGCAUCUUCGCUGAGAUGUGCACGCGCAAGCCUUUGUUCCCUGGUGACUCUGAGAUUGACGAGAUCUUCAAGAUCUUCCGUAUUCUCGGUACACCCAGCGAGCAGGACUGGCCCGGCGUUACAUCCUUCCCCGACUUCAAGCCUUCGUUCCCCAAGUGGAACCGCACCGAUAUCGCGUCCAUUGUCACCAACCUUGACGACAUUGGCCUUGAUCUGCUAGACGCACUUCUGGUCUAUGAUCCUGCUGGCCGCAUCUCAGCGAAGCAGUGUCUUCUCCUGCCGUCGACAGGCCCACGUUUGAUCGUUUAUCAUCAGACAAUACAUGAUCCGCAGGGCAAUUGCAAUUCGCUGCUCCCAUUGCUUACCAACAACACUGGCGUCACGCAUGUGAUCGUCGCUGCGAUACACCUGAACGAUGGGCCAGGCAACAUAACACUGAAUGACCACCGUCCAGACGACAAGCGAUUUGAUCAGCUGUGGGGUGAAGUGAGCUGGCUACAGGGUAGCGGUGUGAAGGUGCUGGGCAUGCUGGGCGGCGCAGCAAAGGGAACAUUCGAACGACUCGGUGGAGACGAUGAGAGCGUGCCACACUACAUCCCCCUUCACGCCAUAAUCACAAUCUACAAGCUCGACGGCCUCGACCUCGACAUUGAAGAACAAAUCCCCCUCUCCACAGCAACACGCCUCAUCUCCCGUCUACGCGCAGACUUUGGCCCCCAAUUCCUCAUCACUCUCGCACCCGUCGCUACAGCACUCAUCCCCGACCCAAACAUCCCACCGCAUCUGCGCCCUCCACGACCCAUGCUAGCCAGCGGUCCAAGCCCAAAUCCACUCCACCCUACAUUACCACAUCUCAGUGGCUUCUCAUACCCGGAACUAGAGUGUAGCGUGUAUGGAAGAGAAAUAGCGUGGUACAACACGCAAUUCUACUGCGGCUGGGGCGACGCCGGAACAACAGCGUGGUACGACGCCAUCAUCGCCGCAGGCUGGAAGCCGGAAAAGGUUGUGCUCGGCGUGGUCACGAAUCCCAGGAACGGCGCGGGCCACGUCCCAGUCAAGAAGCUGCGAGACGUGUGCGCGUUGCUGCGAGAGAAGUACAAGGACGUCGGCACCGGGUUUGGUGGAGUCAUGGGCUGGGAGUACUUCAACUGCGGCGACCACGAAGAAGACCUCGUACAUGUCAGUGAACUUGAGCUUAACAAUGAGACCGUGCAGGCGGGAUGGGUGGCGGCGCUGGGGAGGGUAUUGAGGACCGAGGAGCCGAGUCAUCCGCAGACGAGUAGGCCGCCGUUGGGGGUUACGGCUGAGCAGAUUAGGCAGAUGGUGACGAGACUGCCGCAGGUGAGGGCGAGUUGGCCAGAGGAAGAGGUGCAGAAGUUGGUUGUGCUGGGGUUUGCGAGGCCGGAGGCGCUUGCGGCGUUGAAUGCGACGGAUGGGAAUGUGGAGAUGGCUGCUGGGUUUUUGUUUGAGCAAUAUCCGCAGUAA